AUUAAAGUUGAUGGUUUGGAUGGAAAUGAGAGUAUUUUUAGAGCAAAAAAUUUUAUAAUUGCUACUGGAUCAGAAGCAACGCCAUUUAAAGGCUUAGAUGUGUGUAAUCAAAUUGAUGAAACACAAAUAGUAACGUCUACAGGAGCACUAUCGUUAGAUAAAGUACCUAAAAAAAUGUUGGUAAUUGGUGGUGGCAUUAUUGGACUUGAACUUGGUUCUGUAUGGAGUCGUCUUGGUGCAGAAGUAACUGUUGUUGAAUAUCUUAGUUCAAUUGGUGCAGGAAUAGAUGGCGAAUUAGCUAAAUCAUUCUCAAAAAUACUUCAAAAACAAGGGCUUAAAUUUAAACUAAAUACAAAAGUUAUAGAUGCAUCAAAAAAAGGUGGCAAAGUUUAUGUAAAUGUUGAAGCAUCCAAUGGAGGUACACAAGAAUCAUUAGAAGCUGAUGUUGUACUAGUCUCAAUUGGAAGACGACCUUAUACAGAAAAACUUGGUUUAGAAAAUGUUGGAAUUGAU